AUGUUAUCGACUUUUCUACAACUUUUUUGUUGCGCCCAUCAAAAGGCCAGUUCUGAUGGAUCACAGAAUAUUUGUCAACAAUUAUGUUCAUUUGUUAAUAGUCGGUUGGAUUGUAAGGAGUAUUUUUUACUUAAAAAAUCUUCGAAGAGCUUGUAUGUGUGUGUGGAAAUUUGUGAUGAGUUUUUUUCGUGUUCUUAUUGGAAUAUUGAGAUGCAGAAGAAUGAAGGGCACAGGUUUGAAGUCGCUUACGCUAAAAACACGUUAACGACCAAGAUUGGAACUCUUAUGCAUGAUUCUUUUAAAUCUUUUAGUGUUGAUAAUGUUUUUAUUUAUGCAAAAAAAGAUGGUCUUAAUCAUUUGUGCAAGGAGGAUGUGCAGGAGAAAUUAAUCAAUGCGUUAAGAAUGCUUUCAUAUAAAGAAUCGGGACCAAAAUACUAUUUUAAAGGGUAUGUGCCCGACGAGUUAAGCUUAAUAGCUAGGACUGUAAAUAAAAAUAAUGAAUGGGAAAAACGGCUAAAAAGUUUAAAGGUUGGAGGCAAUUUAGAUAUAAGACUAGAUUCAGAUAAAGAUUUUUAUUUCGUAUUUGAUAUAGAUUUGAGUUAUUUCAACUUUAAGUUAUUGCUUAAAAAUUUUGUAAUCUUCGCGACUGGUAAUAAGAAUGGGAGGUUCUAUAAAUUCAUAUCUAAUUUUGAUUUUGUUUAUUCAUAUGAUAUCAAAAGGCUAGUGGAUAGGAUAAUGUCGGAUAGACAUGAUCUAUUAGAGUUAAAAAAGUUGUCUUGUGAAGAGCGUAGGGAAAAGUUGCUAUUAGAGGGAAGAAGUUUCACUGCAAAACUAUCUAAUGAAUCUGCAUUUGCCUAUUUUGAAUGGAUUAAUAAGAUUUCUAAACGAAGCAGUCAUUACAUUAAAAAUAUUGAAAAAAUUGUAGGCAGAAGGUGCGAGAUGAUUUUGGUUUUUAUGUUUUCAAUAUUAAGACGGGAUACAUUUAAGAUUUUGCUGGCACAUGUUCUUAGUAGUAAACCUAACUUUAAAAAAUCUCUCAUUGCCGAAAUUUUGUUCCAACUAAAUGUUAUUGACAAAGAGACAAUGGAUAAUCUUCUUCAAAAAAAGAAUUUACCAAAUUUGCAGUCAUGGAAGGAAAAAAUUGAUGACGAGUUUUUAGCGCCUUUAUUUAGAUUAACCAAUAUGCUUCCAUUUCAUAACACGUUGAUAAGAUAUUUAUUUGUAAUUUUGUUUGCAAAAAUGAUUUCGUUAGAAAAAGAUUGUAAAGAAAUAAAAGAUUGCCUAAGGAGAUUCCACUCGGAUUACGGACGACUUUGUGUAGCUGCUUUAUCUGGUCGAAGAAUUCAAACAGCUAUUCCUAUAAUUGAUGAAUUUGAAACGCUAUCAGAAAAGGUGUCUUCAACGUUAUAUUUUACUGCUCUUAUAAUUUGUAAAAAUUACGAAUUUAGUUUUACGGAUUACGUUUACAAGGAAUUAAGUAUGCAAUGUAAAAAGAUAAUGGAUUUUUCCAAAAAUCCUACGAGGCGGAUUAAAAACGAUGAAAAGGAGCAUAUUGCUGCUUUAUAUAAGAAAAUGAAGCUUAUUGUUGCAACAAGCUUGUACGAGACGUCAUAA